CCACCCAUACAGGAAGUCCCAACAGGAGAGUGAAGUAGCUAGCUAACCGAGGUGAUACGAAUAAAGGGCAGGCAAACUAAUCAGACAAAAUAACUGGAAAAAGGGAAUGCUGCGAAAUAGCCGUUUUAUUUUAAAUACAAGAUUGUAAAUGUUAGCAAUGUGAGUUAAUGUAAUAGUUGAGACGCUGCAUUCUUAAGACGUUAGUUAUUAGUUAACUUAGCUUUAAGUAACUUAUGCACGCAGUUCAGAAAAUCUUAGACUGUUAUUGCCUCUGUAACGGCAAUACUUGAUUUAAGGGGAAACGCCAAGUCCUCCUUGGUAUGUUAAGAAUAAUUAAAUCUACUGUAAAUGUGGCUGUACAGUGUCGGACCGGAAAUAUAUCAAAACCAGUAACCCCGAGUAAGUUCAUCAUGUCACGUCGGCUACAUGCUCGCAGACUCGAUGGAGUGGACAAAAAUAUAUGGGUGGAAUUCACUCAGCUGGCUGCUGAAUACAAGGUUGUAAACCUUGGUCAGGGCUUUCCUGAUUUUUCCCCACCCAGCUUUAUUCAGGAAGCCUUCUGUCAAGCUGUGAGCGGGGAAUGUUCGCUUCAUCAGUACACUCGUGCAUUUGGCCAUCCACCCCUGGUGAAAAUUCUUGCAAAGUUCUUUGGGAGGAUUGUGGGCCAGGAGAUUGACCCAUUUGAGGACAUCCUGGUCACUGUGGGUGCUUAUCAAGCUCUGUUCUGCACAUUUCAGGCACUGGUGGAUGAGGGAGAUGAGGUGAUAAUUAUUGAACCGUUCUUUGACUGCUACCAGCCAAUGGUUAAAAUGGCUGGUGGAAAAGCUGUCUACGUGCCUUUAAGACAGAACAAAGAGACAGGAAAGGCCUUGUCCAGUGGAGAUUGGGUUUUAUCUCCUAAGGAGCUGGCAAGUAAAUUCACAGAACGCACAAAAGCCAUUGUCCUAAACACUCCCAACAACCCCCUGGGAAAGGUGUACAAGCUGGAGGAGCUACAGAUGAUUGCUGACUUGUGUGUUAAACAUGAUGUGGUGUGCAUCAGUGAUGAGGUGUAUGAGUGGCUCACCUACGAUGGUGCAACGCAUGUGAAAAUAGCCAGCCUUCCAGGAAUGUGGGAAAGAACAGUUACCAUUGGAAGUGCAGGGAAGAGUUUCAGUGCCACAGGAUGGAAGGUGGGCUGGGCAAUGGGUCCUGGCCACAUUUUAAAGCACCUGAAAACCGUCCAUCAGAAUUCCGUCUACCAUUGUGCCACUGCAGCUCAGGAGGCGGUUGCUCAUGGAUUCCAGAGGGAGUUUGAGUGUUUUGGGAAACCAGAGAGCUACUUCCUCCAGCUGCCUGAAAGGAUUAAUCAGAAGCGUCAGAAACUGGCCCAGUGUCUGGUGGAUGUGGGCCUACAACCCAUCAUGCCAGAGGGAGGAUACUUCAUGAUAGCUGACAUUUCGUCUCUGAAUGUGGACUUUCAUGAUUCAAGCACACAAGAUGAACCUCGUGAUUACAGAUUUGUCAAGUGGCUCAUCAAGAAUAAGGGUUUGGCCACAAUACCAGUCUCUGCAUUUUACAGUCUGGAACACUGCAAAGACUUUGAAAAUUACAUCAGGUUCUGCUUUGUCAAGGAAGACUCCACACUAAAUGCUGCUGAGGAAAUCCUGAAGGAGUGGAGCAAGCAACAAAGAAAAGAGUACACUAGAGCUGUUAAGAAUAAGAAGACCUCACGCGUGAUAGAGAUAAACAUGUUGCGAAGUACUGUACUGAAGAAGGAAAAAGUCAUUCUAAAUGAGGCCGAAGGAAAGACUGAUUGGAAAAAAUGGAAAGCCGAACGAAAUGAAGAGAAGAAGAAACGGAAGGAAGCAAAACUCAUCAAACAGCUAGAGAAGCGAAUCAAAGAUGAAGAACAGCAAAAGGAGCAGUUGGUGCUAGAACAGCAAGAGAAAAGCAACGGUCGCCAAUACACAGUGAGCAUCGCCUUACCGGGGUCUGUGAUGGACAAUGCCCAGUCUCCUGAACUGCGCACGUACCUCGCGGGACAGAUAGCUAGAGCCUGCGCUGUAUUUUGCGUGGAUGAGGUGGUCAUAUUUGACGAGGAAGGGGAGGAUACGAAGAGUGUUGAAGGAGAAUUUAAUGGUAUUGGAAAAAAAGGGCAAGCUUGUGUGCAGCUUGCUCGGAUACUACAGUAUUUGGAAUGUCCGCAGUAUCUACGGAAAUCUUUUUUCCCCAAGCACCAGGACUUACAGUUUGCUGGACUGCUGAACCCUUUGGACAGCCCUCAUCAUAUGAGAGUAGAUGAGGAUGCAGAGUUCAGGGAGGGCGUGAUACUGGACAGGCCAAGCAAAGCAGGAAAAGGUUCCUUUGUCAACUGUGGCAUGAGGAAGGAAGUACAGAUCGACAAGCAGUUGCAAGCUGGUUUGAGGGUCACCGUUCGCUUAAACAAGACCCAGAUCGCAGAGAGCAAAGUCCACAAAGGAGUUGUGGUGGCACCGCACUCACCGCGGACUGAAGGUGGACUGUAUUGGGGCUACAGCGUGCGCCUUGCUUCCUGUCUCAGUAAUGUGUUCACUGAAUGUCCACAUAAAGAGGGCUAUGAUCUGACCAUUGGUACAUCAGAAAGGGGCAGCAACAUUGACUGUGUGCCACUAUCACCAUUUAAACAUAUGUUGGUAGUGUUUGGGGGGCUGCAAGGACUGGAGGUCAGUGUGGACACUGAUCAGAACCUGGAUGUCACUGACCCCAGUGUUCUGUUUGACCUUUACCUCAACACGUGCCCGAAUCAGGGCAGCAGGACCAUACGUACCGAGGAGGCAAUCCUCAUCUCUCUGUCAGGGUUGAGACAGAAAAUUGUUGCAGCAUUCAUGGAUCGCAAAUCUUGACUGAGUGCUCCAAUGAGGACUAGCUUUUGGAUCCAAAAGAGUAACAAAUCAAGGAGAUCAAUUGGCUAUUUUUACAUAGCAGGGUACUUUACGAUGUUUUGUCUAAUAAUGACUAGCUUCGGGAGAUAAAGCAAAAUUGUUCAGUUAAAUGUGUAAUAGUCAUCCUUGCAGUACAAGUAAGUGUGUGGACAGAGUGUCAUUUUUGUAACAGCUGUUUGUGUAAAAAGCAGCCACAUGAACUUUUAUUCUUUUCUGUACUUCAUGUGUUUCCACCAUACCUUUUUGUAUUUUCUGCUUUGUGUAAAUGAUGACAUGCCAAAUGUUGAAUUUUUCAAUCUAAAACAUUUUCACACAAUAAAUGUAACUAUUUAAGAGAAA